GCGCGUCGCUCUUGAAGACUCCGGGCGACGCCAUCAUGUCGACGGCUAUGAACUUCGGGUCCAAGAGCUUCCAGCCGCGGCCCCCGGACAAGGGCAGCUUCCCGCUGGAUCACUUCGGUGAAUGUAAAAGCUUUAAAGAGAAAUUCAUGAAGUGUCUCCGGGACAAUAAUUUUGAAAAUGCUUUGUGCAGAAAUGAGUCAAAAGAAUAUUUGGAGUGCAGGAUGGAGAGGCAACUGAUGGCACGAGAACCUCUGGAAAAACUGGGAUUUGGAGAUUUGGUAGAUGGAAAGUCAGAGACAAGAACGGAACCGUGAUGGGAAGAAGCCCGCAGUGCUGUGUGGGGUUGUCCGACGACCUGCCGCCCCAGCAGCUUGCUUGUAGGUACCGUGGCUCAGGAAGGGGCUUUGGUGACAUCCCCGAGGUGCCGCUUGAAAUCAAGACAGACACCCCUCCCUGAUGGAUGCGCCUCGUGGCUGGGAAAUGGCUCGUCUUCUGAAGCUCCCAAAAGGAUUCUGGAAAACCAUUGUCCCUUUUAGAUCCCAUUUUCCCCCAGGAGUGUUAGGUUUUGUCUUUAAGUUCAGGUGUGUGAUGGGGGUCCCGGGGAGGUGAGGUGCCGGAUGACGUCUGCCUAGUGAGUGGACACCGCGGGUUCCUGUGAGAUGCUGGAUUCACAUCACCGGUUCUGUGUGUGUCUUUUCGGUGCAAAAGUGAUAAAUGUUCACGAGUUGUGGUCUGUUAUGUAGACAGAGAUUGUCAGGAAAACGUUUCCUACCAAAUGCUUUUCUCUUUGUACUCAUAAAUAUACGUGCCUUUUCUUUCUUUUUUUUUUUUUAAACAAAAAUAGAGGAUAAGCUUGGAAGUGGGAA